UAGUUGCUGUAAUCACUUAGCAAGUGCUCGCGGUGGGUACGUGUCAGCUCUUUGGUUCUGUCGUGCGCCUUAGCCUGUUCGCUCUCUCCUCGUGUGCCGGUUUCCUCUACUCCUGCUGCCACCAUGGGCUUGGAGCUGUACCUGGACCUCAUGUCCCCUCCUUGCCGUUGGGUCUAUAUGUUCGCUAAGAAGAACAACAUACCGUUUGAGCACAAACAGAUGGUGCUCGCCAAGGGAGAGCAGCAUUCUGAAGCAUUUGCAAAAGUGAACCAACUGAAAAAAGUUCCAGCUCUAAAAGAUGGUGACUUUACCUUAGCUGAAAGCACUGCAAUCCUUGUGUACCUGGCUCAGAAGUACAAAACUGCUGAUCACUGGUAUCCCUCAGACCUGCAGAAACGGGCACGGGUUGAUGAAUUUCUUGCAUGGCAACACACUACACUGACCAUGAAUAAUGGCAGGCUUAUGAUGAUGAAGACUAUGGCCCCCAUGUUAUUGGGUCAUCCAGUCCCUGCAGAGAAGGUGGACGCUGCUGUACAGGAACUGAACAUGUCUCUGAAGCAGAUGGAGGAGAAGUUUCUGCAAGACAAGACAUUCCUCACUGGCGAGGAAAUUUCAUUGGCUGAUCUAGUGGCAUUUACAACAGCUGCCCAGCCUUUGGGAGGUGGUCCUGAUAUCCUGGAUGGAAGACCAAAGCUUAUUGCUUGGCGCCAACAUGUAGAGGCAGAGAUUGGAGAAGAACUUAUAAAUGAAAUGAACCAGGUAAUGGAAAAGGCCAAGGCAAUGCUUGGGGGCCCAGUAGAUCCUGCAAUGAAGGAAAUGAUGAAGGCUUACUUGCAGAAGAUGCUUUAGGAAAAACAUUUGAAAUAAAAGAAAAAAGUAGUUUACAGCGCUGUAAGGUUCCUGCUAAAAGCUGGAUGCUUUGAAAUAUAGAUAUUUGAAUUCUGAAACCUCCAACCUUAAUUAAAUUAAUAAAUCCUCCUA